GUCAGGAAGAGCAGUGAGCAGCUGUGUGCUCCUGACCGCCGGGUUUGGUUUCGAACUUGCGACUGACUCCUGCGAGUGCGACCCGACUGCUGCCUGCUGGACCGUGAGGACUGAGGAGCUCUGCUGUCUGCACACUGGUGAUACUGAGGUGUAAACCCCAAGUCACAGGACAAGGUAGCAGCAGGGACUGCCAGGAAUCUUCCAGCCGAAGUGGACCUCAUACUUUAGACUUGAGAAGCCAGGUGGACCACUGGUAAGAAAGUCCCUAGACCUCAACCACCUAAGAAGCCAGACCCUAGGAGAAUUGGAGUGAUACUAGAAUCCAGAGACACUACAGAAAUGGAUCUACAGAGGGAUGAAAAUAUACAGAAGUUGGAGAACUGUAGAGAAGGGUUGGACCUCACCGACUGCUCAGAGGCUGAGAGCGAUAGCUCUGAGGACUCAUUAUUUGAGGCAGGAGACUGUCCCGAGGAUGAUGGUGAUUACGUCUGCUCCUUGUGUGGGAAGACAUUCAAGCACUUCUGCCACUUAAACAGACACAAGAGAAGCCACUCCAAACGGAGCGUCUACAGAUGCCGGGAAUGUUCUAAAACUUUCCGUGAUCAGAGAGAUCUGGACAUCCACCACAGAUUCCACACCGGUGAGAAGCCCUUCAAGUGUUCAGAGUGCGAAAAGACCUUUGUCAGCCAGUCCCACCUCGCAUCCCACAAGAGAACCCACACGGGAGUGAAGCCUUACACCUGCCCCGUGUGUCAGAGGAGUUUUACCCACUUGUCCAGCUUAAAGAGGCAUGAACAGAUCCACAUCGGGGACAAGCCUCACAAGUGCCCCGAGUGCUCAAAAGCGUACACCCGGAGAACCCACCUGAAGCGCCACCUGAUGAUCCACACGGGUGAGAGACCCUAUCAAUGUGACCAGUGCGGGAGAACGUUCACUAGGAAAUUCAAUCUGAAAUCGCACUCCAGAGUCCACACUAAGAAGAAGUCUAAGGGAGACCAAGAGGACCCCCAGUCUUCUGGCAGCACGGACGAUUCUGAGGAUUGGUCAACAUGUGGCCCAAAAUGAGCGUAGAGCAGGUCCACCUUGAAUCAUCCACUUUUGUCAAAAAUGAUGUGGCAGCCAUGACCUGGGCUGCCUGCUUGUACUGUAAAAAAUGGCAUUAAUUGUGCAGCCUAGACAGAAGAUCGGUCUGGCUUGAUGGUGUCCAAGGUGCCUCAGGUGAACUUCACCUGGUUGCUAAGGACACACUGCCUAGCAACCAGUCUUUUCUAUAAGGUUGUCAGCCAGUUCGUAGUAACCAGUCCAUCUCGGAUUUAUAAGUCGUAACAGAACAGAUGACAGAAGAGGUUUGGAGGGCGGUUGUGUACCCUCAGUCCAGCGAUCUCAUUACAGGGACACCUCACCUUAGACCUUUUUUGACAUUUCUAUAGGUCACCAUGUGCUUUAAACCCUUUAAGGCUGUGCUGGCUAACCUCCGUUACUCCAGCUGUGGUAAAACUACGGCUUCCAAGAUGUACACUUUCUUGGCUGUUCUCAGAACUCCAUAGAAAUGAAUGGGGCAUGCUGGGAGUCGUAGUUUUACCACAUCUGGAGUCCCAGAGGUUUGCCAUCACUGCUUAAAGGGGUUUUGCAGGAAUGAUGAGUUUUUAUCUAGUGCCAGCAGUCUGCCUUUCUAAACAGAAGAUUCAUACUUGCCCGCUCCCUAGUCCUCCUCUCUGUUCAUGUUCUGUUUCCCCUGGCCAGAGGCAGCACGUCACCACUGAAGCCAGUCAUUGGUUACAGCAAAACAUGUGACCAUGUCCACGCAAUACGUACGUGAGGCUGCCAUUUUUUAGACACUGUAUAGGGUCGAUGCAGUUGCUCCUCCCAAGGAAGCUUCCACCCCCCCGUAUUGUACAGCUUGUGUCCCUAUGGAGCCAAGCAGUCUUCACAUCAUUAUGAGGGCAAUGUGGUGAGUGGUCUGUCCUCGCCCCGCGUACUCCUGUACCUAUAGAAACCAUGCCUAUAAUCUCACACAUGGCUCAGCUGAUGUAGAACAGGUCAAUACAGGUAGAUAGGGAAAGCAGGGGUAGUCAUCAUUACUCCAAUGGGGGGCUUGCAUUACCCCUGUGACAUGGGACAGCACCUGUAUAAAAAAACUAAGUAGAAUCUUAAAGGGGUUGUGCCAAGUUUAAAAGUUCUGUCCUAUCCACAGGAAAGGGAAUAACUAUCUGAUCGGUGGUGGACCUCCACACAUCCUCAGGAUAAGUGAUCUUUAGGGGUCUGACCACUGUAAACCCCCCCACACACACACAUUGAUCAUGGAGUAGUGGUCACACAUGCACAGUAACCUUUCAAAGUCUUUAGGACAGACAGACGGGUCCCAUAUAGGCUGAAUGGGGAGGUCAUUCCCCAUUCCAAUGGAGGACACAGGCCUCCCGCCGUCAAGAUUAGUGGUCAGACCCCCCUCGUUCAGACAUUCAUCACCUAUUCUUUGGUUAUGGGACAGUGAACAUUGGGCGUAUUACAGAUCUGUAGCAUAGGGCGCAGGGUUACGGGCACAGUCACGUACAGGACUGCGCCAAGCAUUCUGAGUUAGGCGGAAGGUCAGGAGAUGAGGAGGUCAGCGGCUGGACGUGACCUGACAGGGCAGGGUUUUUGGUGUUACAGACCCUAUGUAGCAUUGUUGGGGGGGGGGGGGAUUUGGGGGUCCACGAGUUUCAUCCCCAUCAAAAACAGAUGUAACCAAUGGCACGGAUCAAGUCCUCACAGCCUCUGUUUUCAGCUGGAUCGCGUGUCCAGGUCUGGCCCUUCACAACUUUCUGGAUAGCCAGGAUCAAUCACAUGGUAAUGCUCGGUAGUCAACCGGUGUGAAUCAUGUUUUAGGCAAGGCAGAAACUCUGUUCCUAAAAGAGCCCAACCCCCUGGUGACCUCCUAUACCCCAUCUCAUCCCCUAUGAUUGAUAACGCUCUGUGCCUCUCUGGGAUCUUUUUACUACAAAAUCACGGUGACAACUUUAUCUCACUGUGAUUUUGUAGUAAAAAGAUCAGAGGGGCGCGGAGCGUUAUCAAUCAUGUUACUGCUCCGGGUCUCUGCUGUCCGGAGCGGGGCUUGGCUCUCUUUCACGCUGCGGAUGACACGCACGGCAUCCACUCGUGUAAAACAGCACUUACUUUAGGAUUGGGAAGUUUACUUAAAGGGGUUCUACACUUGUUUCUCACUGAUGAUUAGUGUUUGGGAGCAACAUACGGCCGUCUGAAUGAGCCCUAAGCCUAAUAACAGGAGCCUCUUCUUGUUUUGUAAAGAUCACUGGGGUCAUUUAUUAAGACCGGCAUAUUAGACACCGGAUUUAAUACCUCCAGCGCUGGCCUCUACGUAACUUAGGUGCAUCCGAAAUUAAUUAAUUAAAUCGGCCGAGAAAGAACCACUCUAACAAUUUGGGGGCUCGUCCGGGAUGCCCAGCCCGUCCACGUGCCAGGACUGAACUAACAAGGAGUGCCCACGGUCCUAGGUAAGUGGGCCAUUGACUCACAAGCUUUCCAGAACUGUGGGGGCUUCACAAUCAGUCCACCGUGAGGGGUCCGGGUAUCAUUCAGGUAGGUUUUGAUUAUUUGCUUAUUGCUUUUAUUGAAAUUUUUGCUAUACUGUGUUUGGCUUUGCUUGACUUCUGUAUGAGGACAUGAAUCUCGGUUUGUCGUUCUGUGUCCUGUGAAAAGUUUACUCUGAUCGGGGGGUGAGUGAAGUGGCUGCUCUUGGCAACAGGAGAAGUCCAUGUGAGUCGGGGAAAAAGGGCUCCUGCGGUUCUCAAUGGUCAACCCGAAAGAGGACAUUGAGUCAGGGGUCAGUUUGUAUUAUUGCCCUUUUCUUUCCUUUUUGUUCCAUAUCUGCUGCUAAAAUCUUUGCUGUACUAAGUUAAAUCUGGAAGCUUGGCCGAGAUCCGGACGCUGCAGCUGCUUUUGAAACAAGCAGAACACUUAUGUUUCUGUGAAAUACUGACUUGUUAUUUCAUAAUACAGGAUAUAGCACUCUGUUACUUUAAGGCUACUUUCACACUCGCGUUUGGUGUGGAUCCGUCAUGGUUCUGCACAGACGGAUCCGUCUGCAUCCGUUCAGAACGGAUCCAUUUGUAUUAUCUUUAACAUAGCCAAGACGGAUCCGUCUUGAACACCAUGGGAGUUUUUGACUUAGGCCUCUUUCACACGGGCGUCAUGUUUUUGGCCCGAAUAAGAUGCGGGUGCGUUGCGGGAAAAUGCGCAAAACAUCGUAAUGCGUUUUACAUACGCGUGAGAAAAAUCGGCAUGUUUGGUACCCAGACCCGAACCCGGACUUCUUCACAGAAGUUCGGGUUUGGGAUCGGUGUUGUGUAGAUUUUAUUAUUUUCCCUUAUAACAUGGUUAUA